ACGGGUCCAAAUGAUGGAGAAAUUCAGAGCCGUGCCCCUUUUGCCCAAGCUGCCUGCCUACCUAGUGCCUGCGCUUGCCCAAGCUUUUCUCUGUCCGUUUCUCUCUUUCUUUCUUUGUCUCUCUGCUAGUGUCUCUUCUGGGUUGUUUGGUUUUUUCUGAAAAGUCAUGAGAAAGCCACGACCGGUGUGAUCGAUCGGAAGCCUCCUCCUCCUCCUCCUUCAAAAAAAAAAAAGAAAAAAAAAAAAACCUCAAGACAACCCAGGAAAUUUGAUUUUUGUUGUUUCAGGAGAUAAGGAUGUUCUCAUACAGUCUUCUCCUUUUCAAUCCGACUAUACGUCUAUUUUCUCUCUUUCUCUCCCACGUGACAAUGCUGAAUUCCUCUGGAUUUUAAUAUCCUCCCGCAUUUCCCAACACUGUCACUUCUUCACUCUCUCUAAAUCCGUGGAAUUCCAUUCCGAAUUCUCAUCCUUUUUUCUUGACCAAGCUUGUUAUUUUCUCUUAGACUAGUCCUGGUUUUGUUGGAUUAGUAUCGGAAUCUUCUAGCUAUGAUUUGCUUUCCUAUCUGAUAUUUCCUUGUGCGACUCUCGGAAUUGAGGUCGAUUGGAGGGGUGAAUAAAAAAAAAAAAAAAACAAAAUUGGGUUUGUGCUUGAAUUGGGAAAGUCCGAGAUCUGGUGGGUUUUCUUUUGGGAUCGCAGCAUUGCUCUGCUUGGUGGAUUGUUUUUGAUUCCAAUUCUCGGUUUGGAUCCGAUCAGGGGAGAAACAGCGCCAUCAUAUGGCGCUGUUCCGAAGGUUCUUCUACCGGAAGCCGCCAGAUCGGCUUCUCGAGAUCUCUGAAAGGGUCUACGUGUUUGAUUGUUGCUUCUCCGCUGAUGUUUUGGAAGAAGAUGAGUAUAGAGUGUACAUGGGUGGCAUUGUAGCACAGUUACAGGACCACUUUCCUGAUGCUUCUUUCAUGGUGUUUAACUUUAGAGAAGGGGAGAGGCGAAGCCAAAUUUCAGAUAUAUUGUCUCAAUAUGACAUGACGGUUAUGGAUUACCCUCGUCAAUAUGAAGGUUGUCCGCUGCUGCCAUUAGAGAUGAUUCAUCACUUCCUUCGAUCAAGUGAAAGCUGGUUGUCAUUGGAAGGGCAACAAAAUGUGCUGUUGAUGCACUGUGAAAGAGGAGGAUGGCCUGUGCUUGCAUUCAUGCUUGCAGGUCUUCUGUUAUACCGAAAACAGUACAGUGGGGAGCAGAAGACUCUUGACAUGGUCUACAAGCAGGCUCCAAAGGAACUUCUUCAUCUUUUGUCUCCUUUAAACCCCCAGCCGUCCCAGCUGAGAUAUCUUCAGUAUAUUUCUAGAAGAAAUUUGGGUUCUGAUUGGCCUCCAUCAGAUACACCUUUACUUUUGGAUUGUCUGAUACUAAGAGUCCUUCCACUCUUUGAUGGGGGAAAAGGCUGCAGGCCUUUUAUACGCGUUUAUGGUCAGGACCCCGCAACACCAGCUAACAGAAGUUCUAAGCUUCUGUUUUCAACUUCAAAGACAAAAAAGCAUAUGCGCCACUACCUACAGGCAGAGUGUAUGCUGGUGAAAAUUGAUAUUCAUUGCCGUGUUCAAGGAGAUGUUGUUCUUGAGUGUGUCCAUUUGGAUGAAGAUCUGGUGCGUGAGGAGAUGAUUUUCAGAGUUGUGUUCCACACAGCAUUUGUGCGUUCAAACAUUUUGAUGCUCAACCGCGACGAAACUGAUAUCCUGUGGGAUGUGAAGGAUCAAUUCCCCAAGGACUUUAGAGCUGAGGUACUUUUUUCGGAUGCUGAUGCUGUUGUGCCUACUCUUACUACAGUCGUAGCGAGCGAAGAUGGAAACGAGACAGAAAGUGCUUCGCCUGAGGAAUUUUUUGAGGUGGAAGAGAUCUUUAGCAAUGUAGUUGAUGGGCAGGAAGGGAAGGGAGAGUGUGAAAAUCAUGUGGAUCAUGAAAAUAUACAGGAUGAUAUAACUCACAAAGAAGUUUGGAAGGAGGAUUUGGAUCCUCACACAUUUCAAGACUGUGCAUCAGAUGAUGGAACUCACAAGCAGGAUGGAAAGUUGUAUUCUAAUAUUGAUGUAGUGAAGGACAUCGCUGUGGAUGAUGUCAAGUAUAAGCUGAAUGACUUGGAUUCUGUUCUUCAUUUAGUGAAAGACAUUACUGUUGAUGAUGGUGUUAUGAACUUAAAUUCCAUAUUAGCUUCUGCUGAUAUGCACUUAAAUCUGGUAACCAAGGAAGUGGUUGAAGAUGUGUGUGGCAAAUUGGAAGACAAAGGUGAUGGAGAAAACACUAUUACACAGAAGAAUUUAGUUUCCAACGCUCCCCAGAAAAAGUUGAUUGCUGAUGUCUCCAUACAGAAUUCUGAGAAAUUAGUUACUACUGCCCUCAAGAAACAACCAGCUGCAGAUACAGUUGUUUCCGAACAAAUGACUAAACAGCAAGAACCCCAAGGAGCUCAUGCAAAACUAGCAAAGCCAAAUGCAGUAUCUAGGUGGAUUCCUCCAAACAAAGGCUCUUACACUAAUUCAACGCAUGUAUUGCAUCCACCAUCAAGAUAUAACAGUGCACCGGCUGCUCUUGGCUUUAAUGCUUCAUUCAAGGAUUCUAAUGAAGGUUCGAAAUUAAAGGCUUCUUCUCUUACGGAUAUUCCUGCCACUGGGGUUUCAACUGAUGUUACCAAUGAUCCGAAAAGUGGUGAGCUGGAUCUGGUGAAGCCUUCAGGCUCUGCACAUGUGAUACUUCCUUCCUGCCCACCCUCAUUAGUACAAUCAAUUGAAGGUUCAUAUUCUUGCUCACCGAAUCAAGCACCACGUCAAGUAGUGCCCCCUCCUCCCCCACCACCUCCGCCAUUGCCACCGCCUCAGCGUUAUAAUAUCUCUUCACUAUCUACUUUUUUGCCCAUGCCAGAGGGUGCCCCACCUCCUCCACCUGUGCCUCCACCACAAUCGCUUUCAACAAAUUAUAAUGUUGUGUCCAAAAUGUCUACACCUCUAUUGCCUCCACCCCCUCCUCCUCCUCCUCCCUUACAUAGGCAAAAUGGUGCUACCAUGUUGCCUCUGCCAGCUCCGCCCCCACGGAAGUCUGAUUUUUCAUCAAUUGUCUAUAAUGCAGUGAUACGUUCUCCACCCCCUCCACCUCCCCCUCCUCCCUUUGCGAGCACAUCAAUUGCACUAAACCUUGGAGUUGGUAUAUCCGCUCCCCCUCUACCACCACCAGCACCUCCAUCAUUUGGAGCCCCUUCUUCACCACCAUUCCCACAAUUUUCGGCACUUGUAGCCCCGCCUCCUCCACCUCCACCUCCACCUCCAAUUCGUGGAGCUCCACCUCCUCCGCCGCCACCUCCAGUUCAUGGAGCUCCACCUCCUCCACCGCCACCUCCACCUCCAAUGGGUGGAUCACCACCACCACCACCACCACCACCACCACCUCCAAUGCGUGGAGCACCACCACCACCACCACCCCCUCCAAUUCGUGGAGCACCACCCCCACCACCACCUCCAAUUCGUGGAGCACCGCCACCACCACCCCCUCCAAUGCGUGGAGCACCACCACCACCACCACCCCCUCCAAUGCGUGGAGCACCACCCCCACCACCACCUCCAAUGCGUGGAGCACCACCACCUCCACCACCUCCUAUAGGUCGAGGCCCACCUCCCCCAUCACAUGGAGCACCACCUCCUCCACCUCCUCCAGGAGCUCGUGUGUCUGGCCCUCCAGCUCCACCUAAACCGCCAGGCGUUGGACCGCCUCCCCCUCCACCAUUAGGUACUAGAGGCCCAAAUGCUGGGGCUGAUGCAAGAGUUCUGUCUUCUGGGAGAGGGCGUGGGCUUUCACGUCCUUCAGGGAUGGGACCAACUACUACAGCUCCUCGAAGGUCCUCCUUGAAGCCUUUGCACUGGAGCAAGGUAACUAGGGCUUUGCAAGGAAGUUUGUGGGAAGAAUUGCAGCGAUAUGGAGACUCUCAAAUUGCACCGGGAUUUGACGUGUCAGAGUUAGAGAGCCUUUUCUCUGCUACUGUUUCGAAACCUGCUGAUGCAGGUGGUAAAUCUGGGGCGCGACGCAAGUCUGUUGGAUCCAAAGCUGAAAAAGUUCACCUGAUUGACCUGAGGAGAGCCAACAAUACUGAAAUUAUGCUCACAAAAGUAAAGAUGCCGCUUUCUGAUAUGAUGGCUGCGGUUCUAGCAAUGGAUGAAUCUGUAUUAGAUGCUGACCAGGUGGAUAAUCUCAUAAAAUUUUGUCCUACCAAAGAGGAGAUGGAACUUUUGAAGGGCUAUACUGGUGACAAAGAGAAGUUGGGAAAGUGUGAACAGUACUUUUUGGAGCUGAUGAAAGUGCCUCGGGUUGAGUCAAAAUUACGAGUAUUCUCUUUCAAGAUUCAGUUCAGCUCUCAGAUUUCAGAAUUUAAAAAGAGCUUGAGCACUGUAAACUCUGCAUGUGAAGAGGUCCGGAAAUCAGGCAAACUGAAGGAAGUUAUGAAGAUUAUUCUUUUUAUUGGAAACACGUUAAACCAAGGAACUGCUAGGGGAUCUGCAAUUGGAUUUAAGUUGGACAGUCUUCUAAAGCUCACAGAUACCCGAGCUUCUAACAGUAAGAUGACACUCAUGCAUUAUCUAUGCAAGCUUUUGGCUAAUAAUUCACCAGAACUUCUUGAUUUUCACCUGGACUUUGUUAGCCUGGAAGCUGCUACUAAGAUACAACUGAAGUCUUUAGCAGAAGAAAUGCAAGCCAUAAUCAAGGGACUAGAAAAGGUUAAGCAGGAGCUGAGUGCAUCUGAAAAUGAUGGCCCUGUAUCUGAAGUCUUCCGUAAGACAUUGAAAGAGUUUGUUGGCGUUGCUGAGACAGAGGUGGCAUCUGUUACCAAUUUAUACUCUGUGGUGGGUAGAAAUGCAGAUGCACUUGCGCUAUAUUUUGGUGAGGAUCCUGCCCGUUGCCCAUUUGAGCAAGUUACUGCAACACUCCUAAACUUUGUAAGGCUGUUUCGGAAAGCACAUGAGGAGAAUCGCAAACAGGCUGAGCUGGAGAAGAAGAAAGUUGAAAAGGAGGCCGAAAUGGAGAAGGCGAAGGGAAUUAACCUUACAAGGAAGGCAGCAAGAUAGGUGAAAAUCAGCUUAUCUACCACUGCAUAGUACAUUGAGCUCCUGCCUUACAGCCGAGCUCUGCCUCAUUUUUGGUGACUAAAUGAUGGCCAAAGGACACCAGCUUGUUUGGAUGGUCAGAAGCCUGGCUCUCUUCAGUACUGGUGCAACAGUAAGCCUUCCACUGUGUUUUAAAUAAGGCAGAAGUGCUUGUUGAGGUCUGAGAACUUCAAUUGCGCAGAAUUCUUAGUUGAACAUGCUUUACUUGGAUGAUUUUCGAUCAGAGGAUCAUGGUCCACUGACCAAUACAUUAGAUAUCUCGCAGCAGAGCAAAUGCUGACAAAAAUUUGGGGGUUGCCAUCAUUGACUGAGAAGCAGAGGUACUCCAUAUAGGACGACUGCCAUGGAGGUGAUGAAUCAUGAAUCUGACCCCUCCAGCACCGUUUUGAGAGGGAAUUCCUUAAUCUCGGGUCAGUGUUUCAUUUUUGCAUCGGCUUCCAUUUUCACCAUUCAUUUGGCAUAUUUUUUUGACGCCAGAGUGGAUGCCUUGGGCAUUGUAAAGCACACGUUUCGAACUGUACCAUGAAACCCUUGUACAAAGCUCUAACCUUCUCUGUAGAGUUCAUUCUUUCCCAUGUAACAUAAAAGUUAGUUAUUUUUCUUUUCCUUCCAAUUGAGAUUUUGAUAGGAACCCGUCACGAAAGAUAUUGUAUAGGUUUCAGGUUCAGAAAUAUAUGUUAGAAGACGGGCUCUCUCUUAGUGCAAUUGUAACAUAAACAAAAUUCAGGCUGCAGUAGAAAUUGCUUGUUUAUUUUGCUUGA